UUCAACUCAUCAUCCUUGCUGCUGCCAUUCUGAGUCUUCUGGGUUGUAAGAGAGGAGAGGUGGAGGGGUUGGAGAUCUCGUGGUGGGCAUCAGGCGAUUUGUGAAUUGUAAGGGGGCACAAGCAUUUGGAAUUUGGAAGAGGCGCAGGCAUAGGGGAAUUAGGACGAGUCGGGAGAUGAAAUGCUUUCCAUGUUUCAAGCCUGAGAAGAAGAUGCCGUCAAGGAGGAUGGAGCGAGGGGAAGUCCCGCCUGCGAAUGCCGCCGUCUCGACGCGAUCCGGAGCGCCCCUCGAGAAAUCUGAGUCGAACGAGCCAUCAUCCGCGUCACCAAAACACACGCAAUCAUCUGAAAAUAGAUCAAACAGUGAACCUGCCGAAAAUUCUGCCAUGGCCAAAACUGCAAAAGCAUUCACAUUCCGUGACCUGGCGACAGCCACCAAGAACUUCCGGUUCGACUGCCUUGUGGGAGAGGGGGGCUUUGGCAGGGUCUAUAAGGGACAGCUUGAAAAUGGCCAGGUUGUAGCUGUUAAACAACUAGACCUGAAUGGAUUUCAAGGCAACAGAGAGUUCCUAGUUGAAGUCUUGAUGCUCAGCCUAUUGCACCAUCCAAACCUAGUCAGCUUGGUAGGUUAUUGCGCAGAUGGAGAUCAAAGGCUACUGGUGUAUGAGUACAUGGCCCUUGGUUCACUUGCAGACCACCUGCUUGAUAAUACUGCUGAUCAAAUACCACUAAGUUGGUAUAGAAGGAUGAAAAUAGCCCACGGAACCGCUAAGGGCCUUGAAUACCUCCAUGAGAAGGCAAAUCCUCCAGUCAUCUACCGGGAUCUCAAGUCCCCCAACAUCCUUCUUGAUGAGGAAUACAACCCUAAACUCUCAGACUUCGGUCUCGCAAAGCUCGGACCUGUUGGGGGAAAGACACACAUCUCAACUCGGGUGAUGGGCACAUAUGGUUAUUGUGCUCCAGAAUACAUACGAACAGGACAGCUAACUAUCAAGACUGAUGUGUACAGUUUUGGGGUAUUCCUGCUUGAGUUGAUUACAGGAAAAAGAGCAGUCGAUUCCAGUAGACCAGCAAAUGAACAAAUCUUGGUUAACUGGGCAAAGCCCAUGAUCAGAGAUAGGAGGAGGUACCAUGAGCUAGUAGACCCUCUUCUUAGAGGUGAAUACCCAGAAAAAGAUUUGAGCCAGGCUGUGGGCGUGGCAGCAAUGUGCCUACAGGAGGAAGACACUGUGAGGCCAUACAUGAGUGAUGCUGUUGUAGCAUUGGGAUUCCUCGCAGAAGUGCCUGCUGGCUGUGAAGAGAAACCUAGUACUGUGCUCCAAAAGAAACAGGUUGAAGAUCCCUCAUUAACGAAUAGUACUAAGCAAGAUGAGAGCACAUUUGAUCGCCAACGAGUUGUUGCUGAGGCCAUCGAGUGGGGUGCCAUGAGGCAGAAACAGAAAGCUCAAAAUCAAGGGAAGGCAACUGAUUCCCAAUGCAUUAUAGAACCUACUGAAGCCAACAGAGUGUAAAAAGCCUUAAUAGCUAGAACAUAUGUGCUAAGUUAUUUAGUUACCCCUGACUUGUAGCUUUCCAAUUCUGUGUCGCCAUAUGGCUGAAUUGUCAUCUAGAAACAACUGUAAAUUACAAGGUAGCAGGGAUCAUCUAAAGGCAUUGGCCCAUGAUGAAUCCAAAUGGUUGUGCAGUGAAU